CUCAGUAAACAUAAACCACCACCAUCUUUCAAACAAAGUGAUCUGGGACGAGUUGGGUGGAUUAUGGCAACUGAGCGCUCCCUGGCAGCUCUUCUGCGGUCGCUGCAUGCGACGGCUGAGCCCUAUGAUGCCUUUGCUCUCCUACCCACGGCCACCAGCCUCCUGUCCGCGCUUACGAAUCCGUUGAAUAUCACCUUACUGGCGUCGCAAUUGCUUUUUGCGCCUGCGAUCUGGGAUCAUGAUGUGGAUCUACAGACGUGUCGGCGGAUAAUCAGCGUGUUCAACACGGCUGCCUACGCUGUGAUGCAGAACGACGGGGUGGAAGAGCCGUUCAUACUACACGGAAGACAGAAGAAGAUCGAGCGAGAAGGGUGGGUAAAGGCCGUGGUCAACGGGGCGGAUGGGAAGUCGCCGCGCUGGAGACAUCUGCUGCUCAUUGGCGGGAUCCUGAUCGGAUUUGAAGGACAGAACAGACAAGGCCUUCCAUCCAAUAUCCAGAGCAAGCUGGAGUCGGCUCUGGUGACGGCCGCCCAGAUGGCGCUCGAUGAAAUUGACCCUGCUAGCCCUGGGAUCGAAGGAUACUGCGUCACUAUGGUUCUGAACUACACAUUUGGCCUCCUAUCGGACUUGGAGAGGACGAGGCUGGACUACGACCGGCUCCUUCCGAUAUUGGUGCAGGCAGCCUUCUCUUCGUCCGAGGGUCUGGAAGGGGGAUAUUUUCUGGGUGCGAUUGAUAACGAUAUCGUCGAAGCGCCGGGGAAGAAGUUCCAGUGGCCUGCUGAGUCGCCCACGUAUGCUCGCGUCACUGCAAUGUCUUCGAGUCCCCUCGUUUCCUCGCUGGGACCAUUGUCACGACUCAUCGCUCACGCGCUGGAAAGUGUCCAUAAUUCCCGACUGAUCUCGCAGACAGUGGACUCGGUUGCUGACUUUGUUCGCACGUUGAUGGUUCAAUGGCGCCUGAACAAACUGUCUGAGGUGGAUGUUUCUGAGGAGAUCGAGUUCCUGGACGUGGAGUCAAUCCAGACCACCUUGCCGGUAUUGUGGAAAAUGCUUCGUAACAGCCUUUAUUCGAUUGUUAUUCUCCUUCGGGCCGUACUGGGGAGGGUGAUCAAUGAUCACAUGUUGGCUUCUGACGCAGUUGCUCCCUAUCUUUGCAUGCAGACCCUACACAUUCUUCGGGGUGUCCAUUUUAUCUCAUCGCGCGUUGCACAAAACGCAUCGUCUCAGCACCUGUUUGUGACUCUUGCUGCGGUGGAUAUCCUCUCCCAGUACCCAGACCUUGCGGAGAACCUGCUCCGGAGCAUCAAACCGAGCGAAAUGGGCCAGAUUCCGGGACAUCCACUGGAGAGGUGUCUCGAUUCCUUCUUCCUCAAUACUGCAGAGCACUUUACACCUGUGCUCUCCGAGGUAGCGAAUGAGGAGCUGUUGAUAUCUGCUGCGACCCCUUAUCUCGCCGCGGGGGGGCACCCUCACCUGCUGGAGAUCUUCGAAGCUGCGCAUAGCGUCGUCCUCUCUGUAUUCGCCACUCCCCAGAACGCCGAUAUUACCGCGAAACAUCUUCCAUUCUACGUGGAAACUCUUUUCACAGUCUUCCCCCACAAUCUCUCUGCGCGGCAGUUUCGCCUGGCCUUCAAAACCGUCAUGCAAGUCACGGCCCCUCCCUCCCCUCUGGCCAACAACCAGCCUCUCCUCCCCUCCAUCCUGCUCGAGACGCUGCACGAGCGCGCCCGCAGUGCUUCGACCUCCCUCCUGCCACCAUCGCCCAACGCAGCCGCACAGACCCAGGUGCAGGCCUCCUCCUCCCCCUCCUCCUCUUUAUCUUCAGACCCAACGACGAUAGCUGCCUUAACCGAGCAGGCCGUCCUUGUGCUCGCCCUGAUCGACUCUCUGUGCUUCCUUCGUGUCCCCGAUCUACAAGAGUGGCUUCCUCUCGCCGCCCAAUUGAUCCAUCUCAUCCCCACAGCUGCUGACUCCGGGACCGUCCCAGACAUGCGAGCCCUCUGUAUCGAUCGCUUCUGGGAGGGCCUUAGCGGCGGCGAGAUGGACGUCGAACGCGCCCACUUCUGCGUGACCUGGUGGUGCACGGGCGGCGGGCGGGAGCUCCUCCUCUACGGUCCGUCAGAUCCGGAUCAUCUACAGCCUGGACUGGGCCAUGCUGAUCCUGACCCUGAUGGUUUGUAUAUGACUGGUGCGGUGGACCCCGCUCCCGAAACUAAACUGUGAUGAUAAUCAUCCCACUUAUGAUACCAGUAUAACCGGCAUACUACAUAAUUAUGUAUAUAUUACCAAGCUUUCUAGUUGAAAUUUACUUUACAGUGGAA